CUUAAUUAAUUCAAAUCAUUGAAAUACAUUCAUCUGCACGUUGUUCGCAUGAUUUUGAUCUAAACAGAUGAACAAUGGAUGUGGGUCAUGAAAAUAAGGGAUACGACAAGAAAGAUGUUGAACAAGGAGAUCUUGAUUUAAACACAGCAAGAGCAAACCAGGUCAAACUCAGUUUCAAAAAGGAUGGACCUAUAAAACGAAGAACUAAGUGUGAAAAGGCAUUGAUUUUCUUCUUAGUGAUUUUCAUCUUGGUAGUUAUCGCGUUGGUUGUUGUUGUGUUGGUGCAAAAGAACAAGAUUGAUGACGACAAAAGUGUUAAAAAUGACGUCACUGCUACCAAAGAACCCGAGAUAUGUCAGACAGCGGAUUGCGCCCAAGCUAGUGCACGCCUCAUUGCAAGUAUGGAUUUGUCCGUUGACCCAUGCGAAGACUUCUACGAAUUUUCAUGCGGUUUGUGGAGGAAAAAAACGGUUAUACCCGAAGCAAGUAGUUUCUACGGCACGCUAUCUGAAGCUUACGAUGACAUUCAGGUGACCAAUAAAUACCUCCUUGAGGAUAUGACAUCUUAUCAAGGUAUACCUGCUAUAACUAAAGCAAAGGAUAUGUAUACAUCAUGUGUCAAUGUUGACAGAAUCGAGGAGAAAGGUUCUUCUGUAGCUAUUCCUUUAUUGGAAGAACUCGGGGGUUGGCCGAUCCUUGGCACCGGCCCAGGAGGAAACUGGUCCGAGAAUGAAUUUAGUUUGUCAAAACUUUUGAUUUCGCUUCAUCAGUACAACAAUUUUCCUGUCAUUGGAAUGUUUGUUGGUUAUGACGAUAGAGAAUCAAACAAGAACAUCAUACAUCUUGAUCAACCAUCUCUAGGACUUCCAGGAAGACUGUAUUAUUUACAAGAAAACUUGUCUGAAAUGCGUGAGGCAUACGUCACUUUUGCUUCAUCGGUUGCUCAGCUAUUUGGAGCGGAUCAGACAGCCUCCGAGAGAGAUGUUCAAGAUAUUUUGGCUCUUGAGACAGACAUAGCAAAUAUAUCUACAAGUAUGGAGGACCGACGAGAUACCACGGCUUUAUACAAUAAGAUGUCGAUAUCUGAGUUGAGAGAAAACUUCACUGAACCAACUUCUAAUGAUGUUAUACAGUUUAAUUGGUUUGAAUACUUAAGUGGGGUGUUUGAUUUAGAGAACGUCAAGAUAGCAAUAAAUGAAAGUGAGCCUGUCGUGAUAUAUGAUGUAGCGUACUAUAGGAAAUUGUUCAGUGUCCUCCAGAAGCACGGGAAACGGACCCUUGCUAAUUACAUUGUGUGGACCAUAAUGCAAAAUCGAGUAGGCAAUUUGGACAGUAGAUUUCAAGAUCUUAAAACAGAAUUUUCAAAGGUUUUAAGUGGCACUACAACUCAAGAAGCUAGGUGGAAAACUUGUGUAUCUUACACAGAAACGUACUUUGGAAUGGCUUUAGGGCACAUGUUUGUCAACGAAACUUUUGACGAGACAGCAAGGGCAGAGGCUCUUGAAAUGAUAGGGAAUAUCCGUGGUACAUUUAAUGAUGAACUGGAGAACAUUGCCUGGAUGGAUGAUGCUACUCGAACAGUUGCUAAAGAAAAGGCUGAUGCAGUUAAGGAAUGGAUCGGAUAUCCAAGUGACAUUUUAAUUCCAGAGAAAUUAAACAAGCUCUAUGAAAACGCAAGUAUUGACGGAGACGAAUAUUUCAAGAAUGUUUUGAAUAACUUGAAAGGAGUAGCGGCGCAUUCUUUAAGGCAGUUGAGGAAAAAAUUCAACAAAAAUGAAUGGACCGAUCCACCUUCCCAAGUAAAUGCUUUUUACAGCGCAGUGCGGAACACAAUAAGCAAGUAUAGAUUUCUAUAUAGUAAAUUUUCCAUCUGA